UCCCGCAAUUCUGUAAGCACAUUUCCUUUCACAAAAUUUGAAGUUUGAAGUUCGAACAGUUUUUUCGGCAGCACAUUGUCCAUUGUCAAUUUGGAAGUGAAACUUGUCGCUUACACAAUAAAGGAAUUUAUGUGCCACCAAUUUCGUUUUCUAAUUAAUUUCCAAGCUACAUACGUGGUGGCGGUUGUUAACUAUUAACUAUUGUCUUGCACUUUAGCCAACUGAAGUUCACUCAAAGUUGCCAGUGUAAAACUACUUAUUAUUUAUUAUUACAUAGUUUCUGUUAAAUUUGUUUAAUUGAAAUUGUAAUACUCGUCACCAAUAAAUACUGAAACAUGCCACCCAAGCAGAAGAAGCAGCCACGAAACGCAUAUUAUUUUUACAUGCUGAAAAGGAAAGAAGAACUUGAACGAGAAGGGUAUCGCUUUCUUGGUGGUAUGAAAGAUGUGGCUAAUGCGGUUGGGAGUGACUGGGCGGCUAUGACUCCUGAAGAGAAGGUUCCCUAUGAGGAAGAAGCUCGAAAAUCCAAGGAGGAAGGGAAGCAAGAUUUGACCAACAAAUAUACGAGUGCCGGCGAAAGUUAUGCUCAAGUGCAGCGUCGAUUACAAGACGACAAACAAUUUUCUGAAGAACAAGAACAAUAUAUUACGGAAUUAGGGACAGAUGCUGGAGCCCUUGACAGAGUUUUCGUUCUAAUCAAAACAAACCAUUGCGUUGAACAAAUUAUUGAAAGGAAUCAGCGUAUCUACUGGCCAAUCGAGGUUGGAAUGGUGGCUUUUAAAAUUCGAGAUGGACUACAAUCUAUUUACUGGAGUCUAGUUGAUACUCAAAAGACGCCUGUAGGCUAUGCCAGUGCAGCAAAAGAAUGUUCCGAAGAAACAGGGCUCCCAGAACCAGGAAUGGCAUCAAUGCAAGAAUACCGAGAUUAUAAUAAGAUCAUGAACCAAAUUGAAGGAUUUAUUCGCCACUGGACCAAAUCAUACAAGAAAGGGCCGGUCGUCUUUGCACUUGAUCAAGAAACAGAAUAUGCCCGAGGUUGUCUAAAAUGGCUCGCAAGUCAUGUCGAUGGAGACAAACGGAUGGAUCAUCAAUCCUUUGUCGACACUUUAAAGUUUUAUAAAUUACCGAAAUUGAUUUUGCGAUUGGCUAGCUUUGCCAACAGGCUUAACCCUUCUUACAACAACGUAUUGGUGAAACAAAAGUUGGAGUUGUCCGCAGCAAGUAUUGUGAACAAGGGCUGUUAUGAUUACAAAGACGAAAUUACUUGUGUCUUCCAUCAAGAGGUCACGGCGUCUUUGAAAAUGUACACGUGUUGUCGAAACGUUGUUUUGCGAAGAAUGUAUCUAAUAUUUGAAGAAUUUCUGCCAGCUUUUUGUUUGGCUAAGACGGAUCGGCAUGACAUGGAAAAACUGAAGCAAGCUCAAAUUGCAAAGGCAGCGAAAGCUAAAGCUGAUUGCAAUAAGAGGGCGGCUGCGGGUGGUUCACCGGAGGGGGCAAGUCCUUCUUCCCCAUCUUUUGCAUCGGGAGGAUCCUGGGGAGCAUCUCCACCACCACGCCGAGACAGUGGGAAAAUGCUUGAGGACGAUGUAAGUGGUGAUCAUCAUUCUUUGGGGCGAUACAGUAAGCGGAAACAUGACCAAGCCGAGGACUGCGAGCGUGAAGGGCCUCAAUCAAAACGAGAUUCCUUCUCUUCGGACCCAUUCCACGCGGACAGACUUCCUCGUGAUAGUCCUUCUCCACCUCCUGCACCAACGUAUAGAAGAUUGGGGAGAUUGUCCCCCACCACUGACGACUUUAUGCCAGCUCCUUCUGCAGAAUAUGUUCCAUGGGGAAACAAACGACCGACUGCAGAACCAACUUUUAGCGAGAAUGACUUUCCUUCUCUUGGCGCUUUGCAAACAACGGCACCCAUGCCGAAGGGGGCUGGUCGUGGAAGGGGAGCUCCAGAACGAAGCAAUACUUACGACAAUGACACUUAUAAACGCGAUGGGGAUGCGAGACAAUACUAUUAGAAUGACACUUCACUUUGUUUUUGGAUCUGAAACCCAUUUACAAAUUUAGAAUGCGGCUACGCUACACAACUUCAUCGUCUGUUUUACUUUUAUACAAUUGUUUUUGAUGCAGUUUAAUGAUUGUUCGAAUUCCUCGAAUUCUUACUUCCCAGUCAUCAAAUUAUCAUCGUCAUUUUAUCAAAUGUUUGACUGGAUAGCAAAUGACACUUAUAAAUAUUAUCGGUGUAUUAUUUUACCAGAGGAAUAAAACCUAUCUGCUAAAUAAAUAUAAAACUUUCUUCCAAUGAAUAAAA